AUGCCGCGAAAAAAUCGUAGAAGCAAAAAGAAAAAAAAAUCUUUUGAACAUGUUCAAGGGCCAUCUGAACCCGCGCAAGAUGCAGAAACUGUACACGCAUCAGAAACUGUACAAGAUACAUCAGACACUGAACAAGAUGCAUCAGAAACUGAACAAGAUUCAUCAGACACUAAACAAGAUUCAUCAGAGACCAUAGAUGAUACAUCUGAAACUGUGACAAAUGUGCCAGAUACUCAACAAGACUCAUCAGAAAGUGAUCAAGAUUCAACCGAAACAUUAAAAGGUAUACCUGAAAAUGUCGCAGAAUCAUCAGAAAGUGUACUAGAUUUGUCAGACACAAUAACGGAUGUAUCAAUGCUAGAUAGCUCUGAUACUUUUGAUGAAAUAACCGAAUCUCUGGAACAAUCUCAUAUCUCCGAAAAUUUACCAGAGGCCGAAAUUAAGUUUAGGACCGAUAUACCAGUCGAAGUAAGGUACCAAAAAAUACCGUUUCAUACAUAUGGAUUUCCUAACUAUAGAACGAUGAAGGUAGUGGUGAAAAAUUUACCAGUUGGUACCGACUUAACAGUAGUGAGAGAAAUAUUGCGAAAAUCGUCUAUGCCGGUAUUAAGAGUGACGAAAAUGUACGUACCGAGAUCUGAAAAUCAUAGUACGUUGCUAGUUUUAGUCACACUGAGAAACACAGCUGAGGGUCAGAAGAUGCUGCGCGUUACUCAUAUAUUAGGCAUUGAAGUAAAGUUGGAGAAACUUCAUCAGAAACCUAGGCAAUGUCAUCAUUGUCAGCGAUGGGGUCACGUGCAGAGAUACUGUUACUCCGAUCCUAGGUGUCUGAAAUGUGCCGGAGGACACCUUACGAUGGUUUGUGUGAAAUCAUUACGUGAACCCCCGAAGUGUGCCAACUGUGGUGGACCUCAUACGGCUAAUUAUAAGAAAUGCUCUCACUGUCCUGAUUCAAGGGAAUAUAAGUUAUCUAUGCGAAAAAAGAAAAAGAACGGAGAGGAGACCAGAAAUGAAUGCCUAUGA